UUUUUUUUUUGGUUUUUUGGGGUAAAAGAGUCCUCCUCCAUAGCCAUCUUCUUAAACAUUCUGUGUUUAUCUGCAAAGACCGGCGUCGAUGAUGAAUAAAGGCGGUGGUUCUGGUGGCGGAAUAGCCGGAUCCGGUGGAGGAAGUGGACCAACGGCAGCUGCUGCGGCCGCGGCAUUACAGAAGCAAAAGGCCUUGUUACAGAGAGUAGAAUCUGACAUCACAUCUGUUGUGGAUAACUUCACGCAAAUCGUCAAUGUCGCAAGGGUGAGUGAUCCGCCGAUGAAGAACUCGCAGGAAUCAUUCAUGAUGGAGAUGCGAGCUUCUAGAAUGGUUCAAGCAGCUGAUUCUAUUUUGAAACUAGUAUCGGAACUGAAGCAAACCGCUAUAUUUUCUGGAUUUGCAUCACUAAACGAUCAUGUAGAACAAAGAAUUGCAGAGUUUGAUCAAGAGGCCGAGAAUACAAUUCGACUGUUGGCUAGAAUAGCCGAUGAUGCAUCUGCCAGUCUUAAAGAGCUGGAGUCACACUAUUACUCUUCUGCUCAGAGAUUGGAUAUAUAGACAUCUGAAUAUUUAAAAUAACCAGCAGCAGUCUGUCUAGACCAGUAAACAGAUAAAACAAUUGGUUCAUAAAAGAGAGAGGAAACGGCAUUAGUAGAAGCCAUUCAAGGAUAUGCAGUUUGAAGGCAUGGACAAGGACCGUUUUUGGAACAAUCCUUUUCCCAUGCUUUCAUCGAUUCUAUAAUCUUCUUAUGACUGUUGUAUGUAUAAUCUACGUUUCUCUCAGUUCUCAUAGUUUUCAAUCUGACGAAACAAGCGUUUGAUGUUUCACCAAUUUGUCAGUGAUUUUUGUUUUGUGAAAUUUACUCAAAAUAAAGAUUUUAUUUUGAUU